AUGCUUAGCUUUGCACCGAAGAAGGAAAAAAUUCCUCCUUCCUUCAUUAAGAAUGACAAUGAUUUGCAAUUGUACCUCCUUGAUGUUACAAUUGAUGCUGCACUACCACCACCAUCACCACCAAUACAGCCACCAAUUUUAGAAUUAGAGGACGAAAGAAUGAUGAAAAAUGGCUUCAGUGAAUUUAGUGAUGACUUGCAUGAUUUUGGUAACAAUGAAAUGAACUCGUAUGAUUCGGAAGAUGCAGAUGGAGCAAAAGAGCUCCCAGAUAUUGUCACUCGGGCAGCUGGAGAUAAAGGCAUGGUGGACUCGUUAGCUACACAACACAACCACUCUGAUGGAAGUAUUGUUGAUUUGAAGUAUGAUCAUAAACUGCAUUUUCGAUAUUUUUUCUUAUCUGUUGGAGCUUUCAUUAAGGGAUUCGCGCAUAUGAGAAAUGUUAAUACUGUUGAUGGGACAUUUCUGAGUGACAAGUAUGGAAGCUGCUUGUUAUCUGUUGUAGCACAAGAUAAAGAAAAUCACAUUUUUCCAAUUGCGUUCUGUGUAGUCAAUAAAGAGCGCGAUGAUUCUUGGACCUACUUUUUUGAACAGUUGCGGCACAUUGUUGAUGAAAAUGUUCAAUUGUGCAUUAUAUCUGAUCGACAUGUGUCUAUUGGGAAUGUCUUCAGAAAAGUUUUUUUUGUCACUUAUCAUGGUUUUUGCACGCGUCACAUUGCUGAAAAUAUGUGCCAGAGGUUUCGUUGUGGGAUUUUAAUUAAGUAUUUCUUUUCUGCUGCACAGUCAUACAGUACUAAGGAUUUCUUUGACCAUUUUAUGCAAUUGCGUGAUAAAAGCAAGGAAGUAGCUAACUGCCUCGCGAAUGAAAUUGGGUUCCAAAAGUGGAGCAGGGUCUUCUUUCUAGGAAACUGGUACGUCAUGUUAACAACAAACAUUGCAGACUCGCUUAACGCAAUGCUUAAAGACCAAAGAUACUUCCCGAUCAUUGGCCUAUUCAAUCAUAUUAUUCGAAAGUUUGCAGAAAAAUUCGAGGAGAGGCAUAAUGAAAUGAAAAAUGCUUUGACCCUUUUUGUUCCUUCUGCUAAAAAGAAGAUUAAGAAUAAUAUGGUUAUCGGCGACACGCUUUGGGUGCGGAAUCGCAUGUGCGAAGGAGGAGUCGUAGAUGCGGCCAAGAAGGAGUUGGGCAGGAACCGCAAGUGCGAAGAUUUUUCCGCACCUGCGAGAAUCGCAAAUGCAGGCAACUGGACGCAGUUUGAUUUGGAAAAAAUACCAUGCCCACAUGCAAUGGCAACUCUGAGAUUGAAAUUUGAGGAUGGAUAUGGUUUAUCCAUUUACGAUCACUUAUCUCCGUUCUAUAAGGUUUCAACAUAUUUGGCUGCAUAUGAAGGAACCAUUCACUUAAUCCCUACAAAAGAGAUAUGGGUGGUGCCUGGCGAGAUUCAAUCCACAAAACUACUUCCACCCGAUGUCAAGCCUACAAAGGGUAGAAGGAAGUUUAAGAGAUGGCCAAGCAUUUUAGAACCUAGUUCUUCUGGUUGCAGGAAGAAAGGCAAAAAUAAAUGUUCCAUUUGCAAAGAACUUGGCCACAAGAAAAUGACUUGUAAAGUAUUGUUCCAGCAUUCUUGA